AUGAUGAAGACAUCUACGGGGUUCAGGGAGGGGCUCUAUGUUGAUAAUAGGAAGAUCUUGUGCCCGUUGCAACCAAUGAGUUGCUUCACUUCUUCCUUGUGGUGGAAUCCAACAUUUGUCCAUGACAAGGACGGACGGCACUUCCAAGACAAUCGAGGUCAGCCAGUCUAUAAAGGAUGGCCAAAGAGUGGCCAGAUCGGUGAGGGAGAGGAACUGGUCAUCACUUGUUGGGUGAACCGGUUUGAGACAAUCAAAUGGACUAAGGAUAAGGAAGAUGUCAGUGUGACUGACACAAAUUAUGUGAUCAAUCUCAGAUAUGAUCAGGUUCUUGGACAGGCUGGAACGCUGACCAUAGUCUCAGCUAGGCUGAAUGACACUGGGGAGUACAAGUGCAAUAGUUUGCAUAAGGAUGGAUUCAAAGUUUCAGUCUUCAGUGAUGCUACAAUCUUAACCAAUGAAGAUGCUGGUGGUGGCAAGAUUCUUCAUAUUGGGAAGGACCUCCUCCUUGAAUGCAAUACAACAGAUGACACAAUGAGACCAUUCCGAUGGUAUAAGGAGGGUGAACAGAUCCUUAAUGACAAUAAAAAGAUUGUGAAGAACAACACUCUCCUGAUCAAAAGUGCCCAGAAAGGUGACAGUGGGACAUAUCGCUGUGUCAUUGAUGAUUCUCACAAUGGAUGGGGCAACCGAGAAGAUGGACAGAACAUUACAGUCUACAUCCCAGUGGAUGUGGAGCCAUUCCAUGGGAAGAGCAUCAAUUUGGUUCAAGGGGAUCGUCUUCAUCUGGAGUGCCGUGUCCAUGGUCACCCCGAGUUUACAAUCACAUGGCAUAAAGAUGGAAAGCUGCUGGAAGAUGAUGGGCGGAUUACAUUGACCAAUAACAAUACAACCCUGGAUAUCUCGGACCUGCAAUUUGAAGACCGAGCAGUUUACAUGUGCCUUGCCAAGAAUGUAAGAGGCUCUGACAACUCCACCAUCCUCGUCCGAGUCAAAGACAAGUUGGCUGCCCUGUGGCCCUUCCUUGGAAUCUGUGCAGAAGUGAUCCUCCUGAGCACCAUCAUUUUCUUCUAUGAGCGCAAGCGAAGCAAGCAAGAGGGUGAUGAAUCUGAGGGUCCAGAAACUGCCAAUCCUAUGUAA